AGAGAGAGUUGCGAAUAAAAAGGUUAGACGGUUGCGCUCGGAUUCUCGGAGACUCGGGGAGGAGAAGGGCGUUAGAAAUUCCCCUUAGCUCGUAUUUAGCUAUUAUUAUUAUUAUUAUUUUAUAUAUUUUUCUCUUUUUCCUUACAUGGCGGCCUCGUCCUACCCUAGGGUUUUCUCUCCGGCCUUUGAAUGCCGUUCGGAUCCGGAUCAUCCUGGCCAUCCGAAGCCGGAGAAGACGAGCUCGUGCCGUUUCUCCGCCACACGAUCGAAGCGGCUCCAUGGAUCUUUCUCUUGCGGUCUCUCUUCCCUCAUACUAGGUUUCCCGCCAAACUUCGCCCGGCAGCUUAGCACCAAAGCCCGGAGGAACUGCAGCAACAUCGGCGUCGCUCAGGUCGUUGCUGCUUCAUGGUCGAAUCCCGAAGCCACUGCAUCUGUUGAUGGCGCAGUCACGGUUCCCGUCGUCGACGACGACGUGGCCGUUGGCUCCUGUAACUCUAAUGGUGUACAGUUGUCGGGAUCGGCCGAUUCCACAUCGUCGUUUUUGCGCUCCCCUGGGACUCACGCUGUUCAUGCCGGAGAAAGAUUAGGACGUGGUAUAGUUACUGAUGCAAUAACCACCCCAGUCGUCAAUACUUCUGCUUACAUGUUCAAGAACACUGCUGAGCUAAUUGCUUUCAAGGAGGGAAACCAUGCAAGUUAUGAGUAUGGCCGCUAUGGAAACCCAACUACGGCGGUCGCAGAGGAAAAGAUUAGUAAACUAGAAGGGGCUGAAUCGACAUUGUUGAUGGCAUCUGGCAUGUGCGCUAGUACCGUCUUGAUGAUGGCAUUGGUUCCUGCUGGUGGGCAUCUAGUGACAACCACAGAUUGCUACAGAAAGACAAGGAUUUUCAUUGAAACAAUACUUCCAAACAUGGGGAUAACAGCUACUGUCAUUGAUCCUGCUGAUGUGGACUCCCUAAAAUCAGCACUUGAUCAGCAUAAUGUUUCUCUUUUCUUUACAGAAUCCCCAACUAAUCCAUACCUCCGCUGUGUUGACAUUCAAUUGGUCUCAAAGCUUUGCCAUGACAAGGGUGCACUUGUCUGCAUAGACGGCACUUUUGCCACACCUUUCAACCAGAGGGCCAUUCCUCUUGGUGCAGACAUGGUUCUGCAGUCUGCGACAAAGUACCUCGCAGGUCACAAUGAUGUUAUUGCCGGUUGCAUCAGUGGUAAUGUGAAAGAGAUUAAAAAAAUUCGGAAUCUGCAUCAUGUAUUGGGUGGUGUUAUCAACCCUAAUGCUGCGUACUUGAUCAUUCGAGGCAUGAAGACACUCCAUCUUCGUCUACAGCAACAAAACUCAACAGCAUUGAGGAUGGCCCAGAUUUUAGAGGCACAUCCUAAGAUCGUACGUGUCCAUUAUCCAGGUUUGCCAAGUCAUCCGGAGCAUAACAUUGCCAAGAAACAAAUGAUUGGUUUUGGUGGUGUGGUCAGUUUUGAGGUAGCCGGGGACUUGAUGACCACUGGGAAGUUUGUUGAUGCUUUAAAAAUUCCUUACAUUGCCCCUUCUUUUGGAGGCUGCGAGAGCUUUGUAGACCAGCCUACAAUCAUGUCUUACUGGGACCUUAGCCCUUCGGAAAGAGCCAAGUUUGGGAUCAAAGACAACUUGGUGCGGUUCAGCUUUGGCAUUGAAGAUUUUGAAGACUUGAAGUCAGAUAUCCUUCAGGCCCUGGAUUCCAUCUAGUGCAUGACAUCUACUUUUUGAUAGUUUUCCUUUUCCUCUUGGGUGUUUAAUGGACUACCUGCAUUUGAGGGUUUCUGGGAUAGGGGAUGGCAUGCCCUAUGAUUUCUUUCUCCAGUUAUUGAAGAUGAUUUGCAGUCAUUUUGCCUUUUCUAUGCGUUGGGAUAUUCUGGUUUGUAAUUUUUAUGCACGAAAUCGAAAACUUUCCAUUAGCAACUUUUUAGGACC